CAACAGAGCUAAAAAACGGAAAAUAUUAGACAAAACAGUGUGAUUUUUUGAUAACUUCGUGCCGGCGUGCAACCAACGGAAGCCAGUUAGUGGCUUUACAUUUUCCCGCAGAUAGAAUCCUCCAAACAUCUGCCAAAAUUUCACCCUAAACGAAAAAAACGAUCCUGACCCCACCUUUCCUCCUCUAAGCUCACCAGCUCCGGUGCAGGUACACUAGGGUAACGUGCGUAUUAGCACACGCACAAUCACAGCAACACCAUGGGCAGAAUAUCGCGAUGUUUUGUCGCGACAUUUAUGCUUUUCUUCGCAGUAUUAAAGAAUGUCGACUGUGAUGCCCCCCUCGUAGAUUCAGCCGCCCUGCCGCUGGAGCACAGAGCCGUUUACGGACCGCCAGCACCAUCACCAGUAUACGGUACGCCUGGUUUGUUGAGUGGCGGCGGCGGCGGUGGUAGCAGCAGUAGCAGCAGCGGUGGCAGCGACGACCCCUGGCCUCUGUCGGCUCACAACGAUAGUCCCCAGAUCAAGCACCUGCAGGUGCAGUGCGAAAAGACGCACAUGCGCGUCAACAUCGAAUUCGAUCGACCCUUCUACGGAAUGAUCUUCUCGAAGGGAUUCUACAGCGACCCGCACUGCGUGCAUCUGAAGCCGGGCACCGGCCACCUGAGUGCGACGUUCGAAAUCUUCCUGAACAGCUGCGGUAUGAGCAGCUCGGCCAACCACAACGCCGCCAGCUUCGGCUCGCCAACCCCGUCCGGUAGCUACGUGGAAAACACAAUCAUCAUUCAGUACGACCCGUACGUUCAGGAAGUGUGGGAUCAGGCUCGCAAGCUGCGUUGUACGUGGUAUGACUUCUACGAGAAGGCCGUCACAUUCCGUCCGUUCCAAGUGGACAUGCUGCAUGCUGUGACUGCUAACUUCCUCGGCGAUAACCUGCAAUGCUGGAUGCAGAUCCAGGUCGGUAAAGGACCAUGGGCUUCCGAAGUUUCCGGAAUUGUAAAGAUCGGUCAAACCAUGACCAUGGUUUUGGCGAUCAAGGACGAUGAGAACAAGUUCGAUAUGCUAGUCCGAAACUGCGUGGCUCACGAUGGCAAGCGUGCCCCCAUCCAGCUGGUCGAUCAGCACGGCUGUGUUGUACGUCCGAAGAUUAUGAGUAAAUUCCAGAAGAUCAAAAACUUUGGACCAUCGGCAUCGGUUGUGUCGUUCGCAUACUUCCAAGCGUUCAAAUUCCCAGACUCGAUGAAUGUGCACUUCCAGUGUGUGAUUCAAGUUUGCCGGUACAACUGUCCGGAACCGAAAUGCGGUGGUGAUUACGGACUACCUGGCUUGACGGGUAACGGAAUUUCAGGGGAAUACGGUGCUCCGGGAGCUUUGAGUGGAGAAUAUGGUCCACCAUCCCUGCCGGAAUACGGAGUUCCUCCGGCGUACCCAGAUCCAAGGCAUCCUUCGGAUGCGUCGGGUGCAUAUUCCGAGAAUCAAGAUAACGUAGUACCGCCGCCACAAGCACAGACAUCGGGAAGUUCCGAAAACAAAGAUGGCCAAAGUCAGUCCGAUGCACCGCAGUCCAAUCAAAACCAAAACCAACUACAAAACGAAAUUCAUGACAGCAUCAAUCUACCACCGCCGCCACCUCCAGGUCAAUCCGGAUAUGUGACAGUAACGAAGAGGAAAGACGAUAUGGUCAACGAAGGUAAUCUUGUUAGCCUGGGUGGACGACCACGGUCAGUCGAAGGUUUAGAUGACCUACGCGGAGCUCGUCGACGACGCGAAACAAUGAUGGUUGUCAUAAAGCCACGAAUUUACAAACGGGAUGCUCAGGAAAUGACCGAUGUCAACACGGAACGGGUCAUUCAAGUGGUCGCCCCAGGGGAUGUCAAUUUCGCUCUGAACAGCGCAGCCAACAACGAAACGGUUGUGAUCCAAUCCCAGCGCACCGUUGAUCCGGAAACGAUCUGUAUGUCCGUGCCGAGCUUCGUCGGCGGUCUGGUGAUGCUGCUGCUAGUACUGGCGGUGGCCUCUCUCGUAGCUGCUUUCCUAUUCGUUCGAGUGAGACACUUCGAUCGCAAAGCUAACCACAUGCCCCUGUCCAGCUCACACGUGUUCCUGGUGGCACAGUAAAACGCUUCAGCCCCCCUCCUACUACUACUACUACUAAAGCAACGCCGCCAUUGACAGCACGACAUUGAUGCAUGUGGAACUUCGCUAUUGGUUGUUUUUUUUGUUUUUUGUUUUCCUCUGUGUAAGUACGGGUCUUGACAUGACAGAUUAACGAAUUCCUUCGUCGGAGGAGUUCACCGGACCUCUGAGGAAUAUUUUACCGCAUAUGCUUACGGCUGAAGCAAUAGAAUGGAAAGUAACGCCAAAGUUUCAAAUUAUCGUCUCUUCAGAAUGCAUUCGGUUUUAAACGAACUCUAAUUUUUACCUUUCUGUAGAUACCUCGUACAGUUCAAUCAGAUAACCAAUCAACUACAAAGAAGAGGAGUUCAUGCCUAACCUAUAAAUUCCCUUUCGCUGACAAAAAAUCUCUCUUAGGAAACGAACAUCACUAGCAUUAUAGCACUAAUCAUCUUCAUCUCAUUCUAACCUAUUUAAAUUUGCACGCGAUUCAUUCCAAACUUUGCACUGAAAUUAUCACUCUUGCUAUUUAUUUCCUCUCUUAAACAAAAAUGCAUCCUGAGACAAAGUUUCCAAACCAUUGGAAUUGGGAAACUUCAAACGUCUCCAGAUGCACAAUUGUUACCAAUCACAGUGGUGUUAUCGACAAACCCUACUUCGAAUAUACCUCUGCAAUGGAAUGAUUCAUUCCGCGUCCUAUCUGCACCGUAGACAGAAGAGAGAUAAACUAAAAACCAAGUGUAGAAAUAGAAACAAAUUGUCAAUGAUUUUCAAAUUCUUUACUACGUUGUAGUUCAGCGUAGCUUAUUUACUAGAUCCGACCGACAGCAUCCCUCUGUCUGUCCGGAUCUAUCAAGAGUAUCUUUGAGUCUAAAGAACACUUAUUUAUUUUGUCUAUAAUAUAAAUCCCCUAUCCCCCGAUCGGUAUAUGUUUUCACUAUCUAUCGCUAGAAACAAUAACCACGCACCUAUACUAACUAAUUCAACGCUUCAAACCCAAGUAACAAUCGUAGUAGCUCGGCAAAAAUACUAAUCACUGCGAGAAAAAAAACCUACCAAUCAUAGCAUAGAGUUUAACCACCACCACCACCCUUCCAGCAGAAUCUGUCAGUUUUCCCCUUAAGGUUUUGCUACUAGAAACGAUGGCGCCAACUAGUCUAGUCGCCAGAUUUUCCCUCCAUCGAAAACAAAACAAAAAAUACCCGGUUUCUGCAACUGUUCACACAACAGCUUGACCAUUGUUUUGCCAGGUGCCUCGAACUACUAAAACCAAUAAUAGUAUUUUACACGCGCGUUAGGCUCAGCGUACGCACACACACACGCCCACUUCAAUUUACUUCCAAAGUAUAAACAGUAUUUACAAUCAAUUAAUUGGAAAAUUAAAACAAUAACGAAAGUAGUGCAGGCAUUUUGAUUGUUACACUGAGAAAAAAUGCAGGAAAAUUUCGUAAAGGUUAUAAAUAAUAUGCAAUACAAUCCGUUACGAAAAAAAAAACUAGCGCUCGGGAGAAGAAAAAAGAAAUAGCUGGUUGUUUUUGUUUUUUUUUUUUUUGUUCCCACGCUACUAACAAUCUAAGACCAGUUGUCAGAAAGUAAGCUAGUAUCUAAUUGGCAAAUCGCGGGGAAAAUCGAAUCAAUGAUAACGCCUUACGUUAGGGAAAUUAAAGUAAAGCUUAGGUUUAACGAUUAAACGAGAAAAAAAAGAAGAAAAAAAAAUAACAGACGAAAAAUGUGAACAUGAAGAAAACGAAAGUAUGUUAAUUACGCGACAAACGAGACGACGAGUAAAAACG